UCUCGCUCGCUUACUGCCUUCCUAGCGUGCUUCGUUCACCAAUCGCCCACCUCUCUCUCUAUCUCUCCGAUCUGUCGGGAUUUUCACGAGGAGGAUCUAGCACGCGCUGGAGAUGGUGGCGCCGAUCGCGGUGGCGUCGGCGGGGCUGGGGAUGCUGGCGGGGGUGGCGAUGGCCAACAGGUCCAUGCAGGAGGGGAGGCCCGCGGCGGCGGUGCGUUGGCCGCUGCUGCAGAAGCCGCGAUGCGCCACAUGCAGCGGGACGGGAAGGGUGGAGUGCCUGUGCUCCCGGUGGUCCGACGGGGACGGCUCAGGCUGCCGGACCUGCGCGGGCACCCGGAGGAUGCCUUGCCGGAGCUGCGGCGGGUCCGGGACCGGACGCCGGGCGCCCGUGCGGAUUGCCACCGCCUCCGCCACGCCACUCCGGCCACGGGCGAGCACGCGGUGAUCGGCCCAGCUCGCGAUCCGCGGCCGUGCGGCUCGAUUUUGUUUUCUGGAGUUAGAAAUAUUUGUAAUAGUAUGUUAUAGAACAGAAUAGGGGUUUGAUAGAAUAUACUGCAAGUGAAUUAGUAAUGAUUCCUGC